AUGACUGCUCUUGGUGACAUAACACGCGUUAGAGAAUUUUUGCGUGUUGCAGCUACGAAAGUCAUCAAACAUUUCCAUCAAUUAGUUUUUGAGGUAGUUGGGGAUAGACAAAAUAGAAAACACCUUCGUGAAUUCACCGGUUUCAAUUUUGCCAUAGACUCUGACAUUUUCGAACAAAAAAUAGACUAUGUUAUGAACACUUUUUCCGAAAAUGAAUUGGUUUCCAUUGCAAAUAUUUUAGAAGUGGACAGUGACGUUGAUAAAGACAGCUUAGUUAGAAAUAUUUGUUGUGUGUUAACCGAUAUAAACUCUUUAGCUCGUUCAUUCGCGGAAAAUACUGAAUUGACUGAUUCGGACGAUGACGAUUUUCAAGACGUAGGAGAAAAAGUCGAAACUAUCACGAAUUCUGCCAAUGCUACAUAUCCUGCCGUAUUUUCUAAUGUCUCCAUUUCGCAAAACGUUGUACCUACGAGUUCGUUCUCUAGUUUAAACAUUCCCGGAGGUCAAAAUGUUCCAAAUUCGAUUUUGAUUCAUAGGUCUAUUCAGCCUCGAGUAUCUAUUCAACCGAUUGCGUGUGAAAAUAUCACAGUACCCUCAUACACAGUACCCUCCUACUCAGUAUCCUCUCACAACAUAACUGCCAACAAUACGACUUAUUCAAAUUUACCGAUGCCACAAUCACAACAGUAUAUUCAGCCUUCACCAUUUUUUGCAAACGCAGCGAUACCGAUGCCUCAAUCUGUUUUUUCAAAUACGACGACGCCAUAUUGUAAUGCUUUUCAGCAAAAUCAGCCUUCUCCAAGUUCUGUUCAACCUCCAGCUUUUGCAAUUAGUUUUCGUGACGUCGAAGAAAUUAAUGCUAAUAAUCUAGAUCUCCAAGCAGGAAGACAAAUGCAAAGACGCAUAAUUAAUAUUUAUCAAUAA